AGGGCGGCUCCCGUGCGCGCCCUGCCCACCCGGCCGCUAGCGCAGCGCACCCCGCCCAGACUCCAGGAACCAGCUGAGCACACAGCUGGACCGAGCAGACGCCGUCUCCAGCGCCGCCGCAGCAGUGUUGCGGUCCCUUCUGGCCUGGAGAAGAAACUUCUGGCUGACCGUCGACGCCUUUUUGAGUGAUUAGAAGCCUCCAUCAGUUUUCAGGUUCCACCAACACUGCUCUCCCAGUGCCUCGGCAGCUGUCACAGCGUCUCCUCACGGAGUGGCUGUCUUCUUCUGAAAGUUCUUGCAGAUACAGCGCUAGGAAAAGGGGAGUAAUUCAGGUGUAGAAUGGAAAAACUGUUUUGUUGCUUUCCCGGCACCAUGGUGGUGGAGCACCCUGAAUUCCUUAAGGCAGGGAAGGAGCCUGGCCUGCAGAUCUGGCGUGUGGAGAAGUUUGACCUGGUGCCUGUGCCCCCCAACCUCUAUGGAGACUUCUUCACGGGUGAUGCGUAUGUCAUCCUGAAGACAGUGCAGCUGAGGAAUGGGAAUCUGCAGUAUGACCUCCACUAUUGGCUGGGCAACGAGUGCAGCCAAGAUGAGAGCGGGGCAGCUGCCAUCUUUACGGUUCAGCUGGAUGACUAUCUGAAUGGCCGGGCUGUGCAGCACCGUGAGGUCCAGGGCUUUGAGUCAUCCACCUUCCUUGGCUACUUCAAGUCCGGACUGAAGUAUAAGAAAGGAGGCGUGGCAUCUGGAUUCAAGCAUGUGGUACCCAAUGAGGUGGUGGUGCAGAGGCUCUUCCAGGUCAAAGGUCGCCGUGUAGUCCGUGCCACCGAGGUGCCUGUGUCCUGGGACAGCUUCAACAAUGGUGACUGCUUCAUUCUGGACCUGGGAAAUAACAUCUAUCAGUGGUGCGGCACCAACAGCAACAGAUUUGAAAGGCUGAAGGCCACACAGGUGUCCAAGGGCAUCCGGGACAAUGAGAGGAGUGGCCGUGCCCAAGUACACGUGUCUGAAGAGGGUGCAGAGCCAGAAGCGAUGCUCCAGGUGCUGGGUCCCAAGCCAGACCUGCCUGCAGGUACUGAGGACACAGCAAAAGAGGACGCAGCCAACCGGAAACUGGCUAAGCUCUACAAGGUCUCCAACGGUGCAGGCAGCAUGUCAGUCUCCCUCGUGGCCGAUGAGAACCCAUUCGCUCAGGGCGCCUUGAGAACUGAGGACUGCUUCAUCCUGGACCAUGGCCGAGAUGGGAAAAUCUUUGUCUGGAAAGGCAAGCAGGCCAACACGGAAGAGCGGAAGGCUGCCCUCAAAACAGCCUCUGACUUCAUCACCAAGAUGGAGUAUCCCAGACAGACCCAGGUUUCCGUUCUCCCAGAGGGUGGAGAGACCCCACUGUUCAAGCAGUUCUUUAAGAACUGGCGGGACCCAGAUCAGACAGAUGGUCCCGGCCUGGCCUACCUCUCCAGCCACAUUGCUAACGUGGAGCGGGUGCCUUUCGAUGCUGCAACACUGCACACCUCCACCGCCAUGGCCGCACAGCAUGGCAUGGACGAUGACGGCACUGGCCAGAAGCAGAUCUGGAGAAUCGAAGGCUCCAACAAGGUACCAGUGGACCCUGCCACAUACGGGCAGUUCUAUGGAGGUGACAGCUACAUCAUUCUAUACAACUAUCGCCACGGUGGCCGCCAGGGACAGAUCAUCUACAACUGGCAGGGCGCCCAGUCUACCCAGGAUGAGGUCGCUGCGUCCGCCAUCCUGACUGCCCAGCUGGAUGAGGAGCUGGGAGGAACUCCUGUCCAGAGUCGAGUGGUCCAAGGCAAGGAGCCUGCACACCUCAUGAGCUUGUUUGGCGGGAAACCCAUGAUCAUCUAUAAGGGCGGCACCUCCCGAGACGGGGGGCAGACAACCCCUGCCAGUACCCGUCUCUUCCAAGUCCGAGCCAGCAGCUCUGGAGCCACCAGGGCCGUUGAGGUGAUGCCUAAGGCUGGCGCUCUGAAUUCCAAUGAUGCCUUCGUGCUGAAAACCCCAUCAGCUGCCUACCUGUGGGUGGGUGCAGGAGCCAGCGAGGCAGAGAAGACCGGGGCCCAGGAGCUGCUGAGGGUGCUGCGAGCCCAGCCUGUGCAGGUGGAUGAAGGCAGUGAGCCAGAUGGCUUCUGGGAGGCUCUGGGUGGGAAGACUGUCUACCGUACAUCCCCAAGGCUGAAGGACAAGAAGAUGGAUGCCCAUCCUCCUCGCCUCUUUGCCUGCUCCAACAGGAUCGGACGCUUUGUGAUCGAAGAGGUUCCCGGCGAGCUUAUGCAGGAAGACCUGGCUACUGAUGAUGUCAUGCUCCUGGAUACCUGGGACCAGGUCUUUGUCUGGGUUGGAAAGGACUCACAGGAAGAGGAAAAGACAGAAGCCUUGACCUCGGCUAAGCGGUACAUCGAGACGGACCCAGCUAAUCGGGACAGGCGGACCCCCAUCACGGUCGUGAAGCAGGGCUUUGAGCCUCCAUCCUUUGUGGGCUGGUUCCUCGGCUGGGAUGACAACUACUGGUCCGUGGAUCCCUUGGACAGGGCCUUGGCUGAGCUGUCUGCCUGAGUGAGGACCAGAGCCACCGCUGUCACCAGUCAGUGCCUUUGAAAAUUCCCCUCUCCCAAAGAGCUCAUACAGCCAGCAGAAAGUUAUUCCGUGUGUGUGUGUGUGUGUGUGUGUGUGUGUGUGGUGUUUUUUACAGUAGCCAAAACCAGCCCUGGAAAAAUUCAGGGUCUUUACAAAAUUGCCUAAAAGUAUCCGUACUUUGGAAUUUAAAUUCAAUAAAAACUUUUUUGAAGUGUG